GCGGCGAUGUGAAAAUGGCGAGAGUCCUCCACAACUUGAUCCUGUUCCUGAUCAGACUCGCGCUGAACAUCAGAGUUCUGGGGUACUGGUCGCUGAUUUACGGGUACUGCGCGCUGUGCACCGCCGUGGCGCUGCUGAAACUUUGGUGGAACCUCGUCUUGAGGCCGACGGCCACCUUCCAAUGGGUGGUCCGCGAAACUCCCCCGGCUUGCCUCAACGACACGUCCUUGGGAACCCACUGUUAUGUUCGGAUCAAGGAAUCUGGACUCAGGUUUCAUUAUGUGGCGGCGGGCGAGAGAGGAAAGCCCCUCAUGCUUUUCCUGCACGGCUUUCCAGAGUUCUGGUUCUCCUGGCGUUACCAGCUGCGUGAGUUCAAGAGCGAGUUCCGCGUGGUGGCCAUCGACAUGCGGGGCUACGGGGAGUCCGACUUACCGCUCUCCGCCGAAAGCUACUGCUUCGACUCACUGGUCACCGACGUCAAGGACAUCGUGGAGUACCUGGGCUACAACAGAUGUUGCCUGGUGGGCCACGACUGGGGCGGGACCAUCGCCUGGCUGUUCGCCAUCCACUACCCGGAGAUGGUGACCAAACUCAUCGUCCUCAACUGUCCGCAUCCCUCCGUCUUCACAGAUUACGCCCUGCGCCACCCGAGCCAGCUGCUGAAAUCCAGCCACUACUUCUUCUUCCAGCUGCCCCGCUUCCCCGAGCUCAUGCUCUCCAUCAACGAUUUCAAGGCGCUGAAGGCUCUGUUCACCAGCCGCAGCACCGGCAUCGGGAGGAAAGGCCGCUGGCUCACCGCCGAGGACCUGGAGGCCUACCUGUAUGCGCUGUCGCAGCCGGGAGCCCUGACAGGAGCCCUCAACUAUUACAGAAAUGUUUUCAGCUCCCUCCCUCUGAGCCAUAACCACGUCAGGUCCCCGGUGCUGCUGCUGUGGGGCGAGCGGGACGCCUUCCUGGAGCAGGAGAUGGCCGAGACGUGCCGCCUCUACAUCCGGAACCACUUCCGGCUCAACAUCAUCUCCGGGGCCAGCCACUGGCUGCAGCAGGACCAGCCCGACAUCGUCAACACCCUCAUAUGGACCUUCCUCAAGGAGGGAGAGGGACGCAAAAGCUACAGGAACUAAGCCCUCCUUCACUCCUCCAGCACUCCCCCCUCUCCUCGCCCUCCUCCUCACCUGCCACUCCCCUCCCCCGGCCCCGGAAAGCCUGGAAUAUGCCUGUGAUAACCAAGCGACAUAGUGAUAAUGCAAUCAUUCUUUGAAAACCUGUCACGUUUCAGAUAUUUUUUUACAGCGGGAGAGGAGAGAAUCAAAGCACACUUGGCUCAAGACCUUUUUUGCACAUGACAUCCGCCUUAAAAGUUUGUCUGGUUACAGCAUUACAAAUGUGUGGCAAAAAGCUCAAUGUGACUUUGUAUUGUGUGGUGCCUUUUUAACUUUUCAAGUCGUCGCGAUGUAGACGUCGUCCAGAGCGACCGCUAUACUUUGUGUGUUUCACUUUGGGCACAGUCCUUCAGGAGCUGCAACCCUCCCACUCCCUAUAUCAGGUAGUGUUGUCAACAGGAGCUUCUCCUUUUUUGUAUUCUUUUCUUCUUCUUC